AUGGUUCGCUUACUAUUUGAUUUAAUUAAACUUUCCAAGAAUUCAGAGUUGGUCUUCCAAGCGUUGACAGAUGUAAAAAGAUUGUUGACGCCUAUUAAUAUGCGCAUAUUAUGGGAACAAAAUUGGCUGGAAUGGAUAAUAGGAUUUGUGAGUGUGCGUAGUGGUAUGACGGUGACGGAGGGAACAACACAUUAUCGUCAUCAAAGUAUUCUUACAAUUAUCGACACAAUAGUUCAAAAAAUGAUGAUUUUUGAUAUUAGCAGAAAGAAUUCCAUUACGUCGAAGACCAAAGGUGCUUUAUUGGUUUCUUCAAGUUCUAGUAAUAAUAGUUAUUACGAAAAUUUUACGCUUAGAAUAAUGGAUAUUACUAUUUCAUAUUUUGAUAAAAAUCCAAAUGUUAAUGUGAGUACAAACACUUCAAACAUUAUUUUUAGAAAUUUAGGAAUUCUAUAUAAAUACUUGGAUGAACAUAUUUCUAUUGCUUCGCUACCAAACUUUAUGGUUCGAUCAUCACCGUCUACAAAUCUCCAUAAUGCGAUAUCAAAUCAACAACUAGAACAACAAGUUAUUAUUACAGCAACUUCUGUUAGACGUCAUUUUGCAAGUACAAUAAACAUUCUUGCAUAUCAUAACAAUUCAACAAUACGAACUAGCAUGAAAUCAUCAGGUUUAUUUAAAAUAAGGGAUAAUCUAAUUAAAGAUUAUAACGACUUAGCACCUAUAGAUGGAAAUGAAUUUAUAUAA